UAUUAAUCCGGUAAAGCGCCGCUGUCCGUUCAGCACCACUGACUGUGUGAAGAGACUUAAAGCGCUGACAGUCGGCAUUCAACGCCAGAAACCGCUCUGGAAAUCGCUCUUCGUUUGGACAGCUACUUGUUUGCGAGUGACAGGGGAGUUAAAUGCGUUUGACGCGUCUGUGAGAAGGACUCCAACAGUUUGUUUAACAUAUUCACUGACUGUGCGAAGAGAGCAGCACUCGGUUUGUACUGGAAAAAGCGUUGGAUUUCCAAGCUAACUACAGCUCAUCUGUGUUGUUUUGAGUGAUUUUUAUUAGCGCCGUGUCGUGGAGCUAUACGCAUUUUUAUUUAAAUAGCAAACUCAAAUGUUUUUUUGAAGAUCUGAUUUUAUUGUGGAAUCUACGCUAAACGUCUUUUUUAAUCUAACUAACUGAGUUUACUCAAGUUUUCUGCGUUUUUAAGAGACAAACGGUCGUAAUGAGAGCUCUUUUUGUGGCACUGCUGCUUUUAUACGCGUCAGGGAGCGGGAAAGUGGCUGGCGCGAGCGCCGCGAAGGGAAACCGCUUUGUGUGCACCGCCGUGCCAGCGGGCACCGACCUCAGUUGCCCGGUGGAAGCGACCAACCGGGUCCAAAGCACAAGUCCGCAGGAGGAAGAACUGCGGAAUACUAUCAUUCAGCUUCGAGAGACCAUCCUGCAGCAGAAGGAAACUAUCGUCAGUCAGCAGGGCACCAUCAAAGAGCUCAACUCCAAACUCGCGCGCUGCGAGGCGGACGCCAAGUCUCGGGGCAGCGCGCGCAGGAAGGAUUAUAGUAAAAACACGAUGGGCGAUCUGCCGCGUGACCCCACUGAGACUGUGGAGCAGCUGGGCAAGACCAUGCAGAGCCUCAAAGACCGUCUGGAGAACCUGGAGCAGCAGCUGCGUACCAACACAUCAGGUGGAAUGUUUCCCAACGAGCUGAGAGACCUGCUGAAGCGCCGUCUGACUGACCUGGAGAGCCAGCUGCUGACCAGAGUCGCCGAACUAGAGGAGGAAAAGAGCCAGCUGUACAACGAGACGACCGCUCACCGACAGCGCACCGAGAACACCCUCAGCUCACUGCUGGAGAGGAUCACCGAGCUGGAGAAAAGUAACAGUGCAUUCAAAUCUCCAGAGGACUUUAAGGUGUCUCUGCCGCUGCGCACCAACUACCUGUAUGGCCGCAUCAAGAAGAGUUUGCCAGAGAUGUACGCCUUCACUGUGUGUAUGUGGCUCAAGUCCAGCGCCAGUCCUGGAAUCGGAACCCCGUUCUCUUACGGCGUCCCGGGUCAAGCCAAUGAGAUUGUGCUGAUAGAGUGGGGAAACAGCCCCAUGGAGCUGCUCGUCAAUGAUAAGGUAGCUCAGCUUCCUCUCUCCGUGAGUGACGGCCGCUGGCAUCACAUCUGCAUCACCUGGACAACCAGAGACGGCUUCUGGGAGGCUUAUCAGGAUGGAGAGAGACUAGGGACUGGAGAGAACUUGGCCCCCUGGCACCCAAUUAAACCUGGAGGAGUCAUUAUCCUGGGGCAAGAACAGGACAUCGUAGGUGGAAGAUUUGAUGCCACUCAAGCCUUCGUAGGAGAGUUAAGCCACUUCAACAUGUGGGACAGAGUCCUGCGUCCUAUAGACAUCUCUGCUAUGGCCAACUGCUCAGCCUACAUGCCUGGCAACGUGGUGCCGUGGGUCGAUGCCAAUGUGGAGGUAUUUGGCGGUGCCACAAAAGCAGCACUGGAGAUUUGUGAAGACCGUCUCUUUGAUUCCUAAGGACACGUCUGUCAGUUUGGAAGCAUUCUUGUUGUAGAGGUAACCCACGUCCCAAUACUGCUCUGGGAACUUACAAAGACAGUUCAAAAGAAACACACGUUUACAUGUUUUCAAAUGAAGGAUUAUUUCGUCCUCUAUUCUGCUUUAUGUUUGUUGAGACUUUGCUGUCAGCCUGACCAAUAACUAAAAUGACUGUGAUUAAUUAGAAAAAAAAAAUCAGUCUGCACAUUCAAGGUCAAAAUAGAGUAUUUGCGGCUCUGGCUGAAGCAAAACUUUCUUGGUGAUAUUAUAUAUGCUUUUCUCUGUGUUGCGUCCUUCAAAAGCUUCUUCUCUAACACAAACUCAUGGGUAUUUUAAGAACUGCAGUAAAAGAUGGAUUUUUUUCCAUUUUCGCUUUGAGCUUUUGUCAUGUUGUGUAUAGACCGAUGCCCUUCAAACCCCUGAAGAAAUUCAACUGCACAGUUUCAACAUAAGCUUUAUUAAAAAUUAAUGAAUGAGCUGGCCUGUGACGUUACACAUAUGGAGAGGCAUUCAGACAGAAGUGUCUUUAUGUCUGUGAUCCAGAGAUUAGUGGAAGGAACAUUCGCAUUUUAAAAAAUCUUCUUUAAUAUCGCUGUCCCUCACCAGCUGCCGUCUCAAACAGAUCUGACAUCCAGAAACCUUAAAGUAGCAAAGCCGCCAAGGACUGACCUGCAGCUCUAUGAGAGAAGGUCUGGCUGCAGUGGUUCACCUCGUCAAGCUAGUUUGAUUACAUUCAGUUUGUGAAUCCCAAACUGGGGUGUCUUUGAAACGUUUAUGAAGGAUUUUGACAUGAACAGAUCAUGGCGUUAUGAGAUUAACUGUGAGAACUCGACCAGGAAUGUGUGCUAUACUUUUUUAAUAACGCUUCAUUGAAAAUUAAAAAAAAUUUUUUCGUUGAGAUGAAACUGAAAUACUGAUAGGCAGUAAUGACGUUGACAGCGUUUGCACUUGUUUAAGUGCAACGUCAGGAAGUUUGAUUUAUCUGACAGUUUGAUGCUACAAAUGGGUGAAUCUCACGAAACCUGUCAAGGUCAUAUUUCCCUCCAAAAUCAAAAGAAAAAUAUAUUUUGCAUAAGAAAAUGAAGCCUAUUUUUAAUCCCAUUUUUGCAUUGUAACAUUAUUUUAAUUCAAAUUAAGCACAUUUCCAAUAGAUUCUCAUUAGCGUAAUGCAAAAUAUAUAUAUUUUUUUAUUGUGAAGUGUUUAUGGUAGUCCUGGUAGUAUGUGCAGUACUGCCUUCAUUGCUUUUUUAUGUAAAUAUUAUUUUACUGUAAUUUUCUUGAAAUAAAACCAGUAUUACAGUAAUUACAAUAAUGAGAAUCAACUCUGAGAACUCAAAAAAUAAAAAACUGAAAUGUGCUUAUUAUCAUAAAAAUAAUGUCACAAAACAACAACAAAAAUGAGUAAUAGUCCUAAAAAACAGACCUGGGGAUGUUUUCGUGAGAUUCACUUGUGUGCUUUCUGAUUUUAUUUGUGCUUGAUCUAUUUAGAUGACUUCAAACCGUACAUUUGUGUUGAAGUAGAGCAGUGCAAUAUAUAUAUAUGGGACACUUUAUGUAAAUGUGGUCCUCGGCAUCGUUUCUGUGUUUUCACGUCUAAAUGCUGCUGGGCCUGUCACUCUCACUCCGUCUCGCUGUGUUACAUGGAUGUUUUCAUUUCAUCUUUCAACUUGUUGUGCACAAAGGCCAGAUCAAAGUCUGUGAAAUUCACUGUGGUGCAGCGUUCUUACACAAUAGACACUAAUAAUGCAUUAGUGUGUUUCCCUUGUCGACACGUGUUUGUAUUUGGGCUACAAGAGCUCUACUGCUCAACCGAAAUGCACUGGAAUGAGAUCAAACUCUUUUGAAUACUCAGUUUCUUUCAUUUGAAUGUAAUCUACUGCUAUUUUGUGUCAUAAAUGUACCUAGAGGAACAAAAAUCUCGUAUGUAAAUGCAUUUUGUUCUGUUAUGCUGCCUUCAGGCCCUGUUGAAAUCAUCAUAUAUUAAACUAAGCAAUGUCAUAGUGACCAAUGGGAACCUCUGAAUUUGGGAAUUAAAGAAUCAUGGUGAAAGCUAUGUGUCCAUGUUAUUCUGAUCAAAUCAUAAUUAUGAUUAUACAUUUUGGAUUUGAAGGCAGCAUUAGGACAAAAUGUUUACUUGUUUAUAAUCUGACCUGAUUUUGUUCAGAAUGUAACAUGAUAUUUUUGUCCAAAAUGAAUGGCCUUUUCUGAGCACCGACUGUGCUUUCUGGGUUUUUCAAGGAUUCAACCCCUAAUGUAAGACCACAGCGUGAAAUGGCAAGAGCGAGCUAAAUAAUAGACCAAAAAAAAAUGGGUUUAAUGUGAAAUCUCUCAUUCCUCGUAUACAGAGCAACCUGGGGAUGUUGUUCAGCAUGGAGGAACGGUUGAAUGUCCUUCUUCACCCAAUAAAUGAUUCUGAAAACCACA